AGUUGGUUGAAAUACGGUAUUUUGAGCAACGAGAGGCUGCGGCCGAACACUUGACUGGCCUUGAUCUACUAGGACGAUGCUGGCUGUACGCUCGCUGGUGUUGCGCGCGUCUCCGGCUGCCUUGGCCGCUCGUAAGCAGGCGGUACGCGCCUUCAGCGGCAACUGGGAGUACCCCAAGGUAGAGGGUAGCGUGGCAGACAUCACUAAGGCGCUGACGACCAUCGGUGCACGACUGUCCAUCCCCACGGCUCCGCUCUACUUCACGCCGCUUAAGAUCGACCACAUUGUGCGUGAAAUGAAGGGCAAGGACGAGCUUCUGCAGGUGCACAAGACGCUUCUACUGUGCGAUGCCAAGAUGGCCUACCCGUCCACAUUCGCGACCGGCAGCUUCUUCUCGGCUUGCAUCAAACAGGACGCGGCCGACACGGCGCUUGACUUCCUGCGUCAGGCCGAAAAUGUGCGUCACUACGUUAAGAACCAGAGCUUUGUGCGCCUGGCCGAAUACUUUGCCAAGCAGGAGGACCAGGAGACCGUCGACGAGAUCGUACAGAUCAUGGCGGCCAAGCGUGUGCCCAUGUCUUACAAGAUGUACACGUUCCGUGUGCUCAACGCCAAGAAGCAGGGCAAAUGGGACGAGGCUGUGGCACUAGCCAAGGAGGCCGCCAACGAGCUUCAGAUUAACUCCCACCUCAUCAUCGAGCUGCUGCAGGACGGGAACGGAGGCAUCCUCAAGGAGCACAUUCCGCUGGCCAAGUACCUUGCAGACAAGGGGGACGUGUACGUGAAUGCACGACUGGCCGACAUAUUAGCAGGAGGAGAUGGCAAGCUGCCGGAGCCCAAGGUGGAGGAGCCGGAGCAGGUCGGCGAGGCCAGCAGCGAGGAGGCAACGGAGGAAAAUGCUGAGGACAAGUAGAUGGAACGUCAUUCCAGUACUUUUUAGAGUGAAGAUGACGAUUCUUCAAAUACUGCAACCUUCUGUGAAUUUGUUACGUUUGUUUUGUGCAUUAUAGACUCGGUACACUCAGG